AUGCGGCUAGAUGAUGCGGGAGUUCAAAGGAAGUUGCAGUUGCAAGAGUUGGAGGAAAUCAGAAAUGAUGCAUAUGAGAGCUCCAAGAUUUACAAAGAGCGGACCAAAGCUUUUCACGACAAGCUAAUCUCCCGGAAAGAGUUUGUGGUCGGGCAAAAGGUUUUACUUUUUCAUUCACGCCUAAAACUAUUUCCCGGUAAGCUUAGAUUAAGGUGGGUUGGUCCUUUCUUAGUUGUUAAAGUCUAUUCUCAUGGAGCAGUGGAUAUUGAAAGCCCAAAAACGGGUAAGUCAUUUAAAGUGAACGGGCAUAGACUGAAACCUUUUUAUGAAGGUUUUCAGUCUACGGACAUUGAUGUUAUGGCUCUUAAGCCACUGCCCGUUAUUGAGUAG